GUGGAAAGAGCCGAUUUGACAACGUCCGUAAUCCGUACUUGCAUUCAUUUUUUUUCUCUUUUGGUUCCCUCGGUCUUCCUUGCGACGCGCCUAGUAGAGUACCUAAUCCUUAUCCUCUUAGGCAUUUAUUCUUAAGAGCACCACUAAACCUAUCCUACCGUUCGAUACGAUCCAUAUACACAAAACUCUGUUCGGGAAAGCUAGCAAAGUCGCGACAAGAUGGCGACACCAACGCCCACCAAAAGCAUGUCUUCAAGACUACUAACUAUGAAGUUCAUGCAAAGAGCUGUCGCCUCGCCCUCCUCUCCAUCCUCCGCCACGUCAACUCCAGACGACCAAGCCUCAAAGCGACGCAAGGUGUCGCACAACCCAGCGAAACGUGAUAAUACCGAUUCCCUAGUACAUAUAGACCAAUCUGCAGUACAAGCUGCGAUUGCUGUCGAGGAGAGGAAGCGCCAGGAAGCUGUGGUACAGAAUGCUGCUAAGCUGGGAGACGCACAUUGGGUGCUUGACAUGCCAGAGAAAACAGCAAAUUCUAACCGUGGAAUACAAACACCUCUGAAUGUAGUCCAAGUUGGAUUUGCACAGAUUGAUUCCCAUAUUGAUACCUCUGAUGCUGCUGGCUUUGAUGACUUUGAACCAACUGACGCCUCGCACAUAAGAACCCCAAUGGUUAGACGGUAUAAUAUGGAUAGCAAGAAAGUAUCGAAGGAUAGCGAGUCUGAAAGUGACGAUUCUAGUUCUGGGUCGGACUCUGACGACUCUUCGGAAGAUAAUGGACGAGGCCGACAUUCUUAUGGCCAAAAGUCAGAGGGACGGUCGGGAUCAUCUCGUCCGGUCUUGAAAAGCAAGAGAAGUGCCGAACAGGUCAAAGCUAAGCAGUUUGCCGAGAAACGGAGAAAGAAGGAGGUCAAGUUGAAUGGUGGUAUUAAGUCAUCUCCUGCUUCUGGCGGCCCGUUAUCCAUAUCCUCAGGAGGCAGUACUUCACAACGGCAGCCCGUGGACUUCACUUGUCAUCGCUGUGGUAGACCGGGGCAUAGAAUUGCCCAGUGCAAGAAUACUCCCAAGCGGCCAACAAAUUAAAAUCCGCGCAUAGUGUCUAUUUUACAGGCGUUGCUUUACAGAAUGGUAUGUGCUAGCCCUUAGUUUCUAGAUGUGACUUCACUCUCAG